GUUUGCUGUUAGGGCCCCCCAUUGAGUGUUCGACGGCCAAUCUUAAGGCUGUCCAAUUGCUGAAUAUUUGAGAGACAAUUUUGGUCAAGGGUACUUCCAUUUUAAAGGGAUUUUUAUACUAUACUAAUGUACUAUACAAACAUGUUUUGCAAAAUGUAAAUAAAUCGGAUAACAUAACCUAAGAAAAGAAGUAAGAAUGUUAACAGAUGUUGAGUUACUUCUCGAUAUCGGAAAUUAUCGAUAUUGAAGAAAAAAGAAAAAUAUAUGCCCGGAGCGACUUUUAGGGCCAAAUUUAUAGUCGUUCCUUGGGUCUUCCUUGAAAUUCAUGCGUUUAGAAAUGGACACUUGCUACUACUUGAUAAGUCUGUCAUGUCAAUUCUAAACGUUCAAGGCCUCCUUAAGGUCUGAGGAAACCUCAAGGAGCGACUAUAAAUAAAGUUUUUAUAGUCAAAUCACUCAAGUUUUUAUGCAUUAAAGUUUCAAUGUCAAUUCACUUCUUAUCAUUCCGAAUCAUUUAUAAAGUAAAAAAAAACAAAACAAUAAUAGUCACUAGAGUACUUACAUUUAACUUUUCACUCGUAAAAUUAAUUAAUUUACUUCAAAAAUCUCUAGAGCUCGCACAUAAUGUUGAACGAAUUUAAAUGGACUUUAUUUCAUAAAUUUUCGUUACUUUUCAAAGGUUUAACGCGUUUUCCCGAGGCAAAAACAAGAAAAUAAACUCUUCGCGAAUUUUAUCUGCACUGACUCAUUAGGUACUGUAGACUUAAAACUGAACUGGACUGAACUAACAACUGAUCUGAUUCUUCUAAAACCCCUGUAUUUGUAUUUUCAAUUCCUCCCAAAAUAUAAUCAAUUACCUACCAAAAUCGACAAUAGGCGGUCGUUUGACCAUCUAUAUUUCAAUUCUAUUGGUCGACCUAGAUAUUAUUCCAAAACUUAAUUUCAUCAUUUAGAGGAUGAUGCAAUCUGUUCGAAAUUUUUGUCAUUUUGGGUCCAAUUUAAUUAGGUGCUUAACCUUGUAAUUGAUCUUUUCCGGGUUCUUAUUUACGAGUUCAAAUGAUGACACGUGCUUCUUCUCUCGGUUAAUUCGACAACUCUUUCACGCCGUAGUUCUGACUUUCUGGACAGAGGUCUCUCGAUUCUCGAUUACUUCUUGUUUCUUGAUUACUCAACCGAUACUGGUUCUUCACGCCGUAGUUCUGUCGGUUUACUGGCUCUUUCUUGAACACUGGUUUUCUCGAACACUGAUUUUCUCCUGCCAAAGUUGUCUUUUUAUAUCAUUGGUCCCUCCAUUGUCUUGAAUUUUUUUAUUGUUUCUGACCUCGAUUUUUCGUGGUUGAAUCAUCCGAUCAAUUAGUGUAUUUGGUCCCCUUUUAAUUAAUUAUCAAGGGCGUCGCUAAGUGGUUUGUCAAGUGGGUAUCAUCAUAUAGGCUCGUGCAUGAUUUAUUGAUCCUUUUAGAAAUUUUUCGGCUCCUUUGGAAUGUUAAUUGUUGAAAGCACCUAAAAAAGGUCCAUGAACUUUUGCUUUAGUCACAUUCCAAUGCAUUAGUCAAUAUCGGCUUUCAAUAAUUUCUGGAUAUCGAUGUUCAGAUAAUUUUUAAUUGAAGUUUCUGGUUGUGCUGUCUAAGUGAUGAUCUCUCCUGGGAUGGUUGUUUGGUAAGUCCUUGUUAUUCUUGAUUAAUUUUCGGUAGUUGGAUCCUAGGUCUUUAGUUGUUUAGAAUAAUCAGAACCUUUAAUUGUUUUCUUGGUGGUUUAUUUCCGUGUCACUACAAUAUAUAGCUGGUUACGUAUUUUCGCGAACGCGGAAACCAAUAACUUUUUUGAAUCUGUGAUAUCGUUUUGUCAACCGCCAUAUCUUCUGCUUGAUCAUGGAAGUAAUUUGUAACCGCAUGGCGAGCCGACUUUGGUUCUACCCAUUUCAACCUUUCACUUGUUUUUCGAUAUAUCCUCCCAUGCUUAAUUUCGUACUCCCCAUGGAUAGGUACCACAUUCUUCCUUAUCAGCUGGUGCUCUUGAAACUACAUCCUUCAAAUGCUGACAACGUUCGUCCUGGAGCUGUGCUGUCAAAACCCAAUCAGUUUCAGAUGUAUUGAACGUUAAAAUUUGCACAUCUUCAUAACCAUUGCUGAAAUCAUCUAUGGAGUUUCUGCUGAAGGCAUCUACGUGCGCCAUGGCGAGUUCCUGGGCGAUACUCUAUGGUAAAGUUGAAUUCUUGUGUGACCAUCUACCAUCCUCCAAUUCUCGGUAUAAUAUUCCUCUUUGUCAUAGUAGACAUAGUUAGCCGAAAUGCGUUGCAGUCAGAUACAUCUUCAAAAAACGAAAUCUUUGCAUAGAAUUCACUAUAGUCGGGCCACCGAACAGAGAUAGUAAUAAAACGAUUACCUGGUUAACUACCCCCAUAAAUAGUCCCGACACCCUCUUAAAAGCAAAUAUUUUCAUAGUGGAGCGCAUUUGAAACUGAUGUUGUUUGUCUUUCAUUUAUUUGUUUUAACCCAAAAUAAUUUAGUAAUUGGAAUGUGAAUGUUGUGAAUGAAACCCUUUAUGCAUAUUGCCUCAUAAAAUAUGAAUUCAUGCAUUUAAUAAAUUUUAUUUAUUAUAAGAAGAUAUAAAUUGGGUAUAAAUCCUCUCGUCUAUUGCCUGUCAGGCUCCUCAGAGGUUGAAUGCUCAGUUUUAUUACUAUCUCUGUUCGGUGGCUCAGCUAUACCUACAGCUAUUGUUUCCAACUCGUACGAGUGGUAACGCUGUUCCUCCUUGCUGGUUUGUCUACCGAAAUAAAGGACAGGUUUCAACUUGGAAUCUGGUUGUUUUUGUAGUAAGAUUCCGGCCACUCGAUGCCUAGAUGCGUCAGUAUGCAUUUCAGUGUCGUAUUUUGGGUAAUAAAUCGCAAGUAUCAGUCGGGUACUAAGAAUUUCUUCCAGGCAAGUGAAGGCUUGUUGCUGUUCUUCAUUCCAAUUAAACACGACAUCUUUCUUUGGUCUUGCAACAAUUGCAAAGUCUUUAACGUAUUUUCGAAAGUAACUUGCCAGAACCAAAAAUUGCCGGGUUUCAUGUACAUUCUUUGGAAUUGGAAAGUCCUUUACUGCUGAUAUUCUUGCAGGAGCUGGGCGCACGCCUUCUUUGAUUAUUUUAUGGCCCAAGUACUCAAUAAUAGUCUGUCUGAAAAAUGGCACUUCGAUAACCGUAGGGUUAUGCCCACAUGUUGAAAUAGUUGCAAAAUGGUUUCAAGGGACUUUAAACCUGAUGAAAAGUCAGUAGAAGGAAUCCAAAAUGUCAUCCAAGUAUGCAAGAGUGAUAGUAAAUCCUGAAUAUCCUGAAAUUUGGUUUACUGUUCUUUGAAAAACUGCUGGGGCAUUUGCUAAUCCGAAUGGCAUCCUCGAGUACUCGUAGUGCCUAUCUGGGAUUAUAAAAGCAGUUUUCGCCAUGGAAUCUUUUGCUAUCAGUAUGUAGCGAUACCCACUGGCCAAGUCUAAAGAUGUAAAAUAUUCGCAAUUCUUCAAUCGUUCAAGAUGAUUAUCAGUUCGAGGGAGAGGAUAGCAAUCUUUUAGCGUUUUCUGAUUUAAAGCUCUAUAAUCAACGCACAUUCUAUUCGUUCCAUCCUUUUUCUUGACUAAUAAAAUGGGAUUCGCGUAAGGAGAGUCGGACUUUGUAUUAUACCCAUUUUCAGCAGAUCUUGCACAAUUUCUCGUACCAAAUCUCUCCCGCUAAAGACGGUUAUGAGUCGCUCGGCUGAAUACUCAUCUUAAUACCUUUCACACACCCCAAUUCUUCUAAUUUUUCAGCAAAAGCCAAACAAUGUCAAUAUUUAAUAAGUAAUACUAAUAUAAUAGCUACAUUUUAAUCAGUAUCAGUCACAGAAAAGUCACAAUCAAUAAUAUCUUCUAAGGUGAAUGGUCGAUAAUCAUUGGCAUUUAUAUGGAGUACUCUCACCUCAUUUUCCUCAAAAACGUCAUUUGGUAAGAAUACCUUGCUUCUGGCUAUUACUUGCGAGUCCUUGAAUAUCAGGUCAGAAUCAGACAUGUUGAAAAUGGGUAGCGUUCUACUUAUUAUUGAAACCACGCAGCUGGGAAUCGAAUAUUCCGCCGAUGAUGUGGUGAAGAUCCACAAAGAGUUCCCUUGAUACUGGUCAUCCACAUCAAAAGUCACAUGACCUAUAUAAUUAGCAGGAAUAGUAACCUGCUUAUCGACGAACAUCUUGAUUUUACUGAGUGGAAGGCUAUUUACUUCAAGUAACGACAACAACUGGGACUUAAAUAGUAGCACUUUUUCAUUUUUCACGACUUAAUACUACAUCAAGAUGGUUUAAAACAGUUUGAUGACAGAUACACCCUGUAUAUUGUCAGAAACAAUAAGAGCUGAAACAGUUACAUUUAUUAGAUCGACUUCAAUGUUCACUUGUGCAGUUCCCAAAGCAUAUGCAGUACCGCCGGCAUAGCCACUUAUUCUUAUGCUGCAGGGCUGCCAUGAAAUGUUGCAUUUUUCAGCAGUGGUUAAGCGUAUGGUAAGGACCGCACACCCUGUAUCAAUAAGUCCGUCACAGGAAACUCCAUUCACUUUACAAGUACCUUGAUAGCAUUUUUCAAAGUUCUGGUUUUCUGUUUGGAGAGUCAAAGCUGAUUUUGAAGUAGAUGAUCGGUUUUUGUAGCAACUAGUUGCAGUAUGGCCCAACUUCUUACAUAUAGUGCAUUCAAUCUUGGCUUUACGGUAGUCUCUAUAUACAUGCCCACAAUUAUAGCAUUUGAAUUUGGCAUGAUCUGAGCUCCCGGCACCGACUGGUUCUAUGAGGGUAAGAAUCAUUCGAUGUUGGCGAUCACUGUUGAACUUUUUGUCAAAUUUGUUAAAAUACUAGUGUCGCGAGCGUUCUGAUGUAGAAGCCACAGCUGACAGAUACUCUCUAAAUAAAUCUUCUGGUUUGCUGUAACUGCCUGCUUUUGCACCAUUUUGUAUGGCACUAUCUUCAAUGCCAUCGAUCAACAUAGCUACAGUCUUUUUUCCUUCAAUCUCACACGCACUACACAGUAACUCCAUUUUAGUAAAGUAAUAUUCAGUCCAUGUUUGUUUACGCGUCUUCAACUAAUUAAUCAUUUUUUUUCAAUGUUUUUGGAUAAUCGUGUUGGUCUAGAAACGCAUUAUAGUGAUUAUAGUUUUCCAUUGAUCAGUAUGAUCAUAAGUAUCUAAAAUAUUAUACCAUGACUUCGCCAAACCUUUCAAAUGAGACUGCAUAUGAUACCUACACAGUCUGUGUCAUUCCAGUUACUAAUUGAUUUCAACGUUCUGUAAAUCUUGAAUUUUUUUAUUUUGGUCAGCAAGUAAGUCAACAUUAUUGUUUUCUCUAAACGGUCUCUAUGGUGGCGUCGUUGCCUGUAUUCUUUAAAAAUUGCUAACAUAAGGAAAAAUCAAGAGCCUGGAAUAAAGAAAUUAUGAAAAUUCAAGAGUUUGAGAAAAAGAAAGAAAUUUCAAAAGCAUGUGAUAGAAAAAAAAUCUAAGAAAGGCUGAAUUCAUGCAUGUGAAGGCAAUCCAGUCGAAUUCUGCUUGCAGCAACUUCUUUAGAAUCGAUUAAAGCGAUGUAAGGCGGUAUCGAUAUCAAGAUAUCGAUGUCUUCCCAAAAAUAACCAUCCCUAGAUUCAGCUGAUGUGAUCCAAUUCCAAUGUUGCCGUACCUAUUACUUUUUAUGCAAAUACCUGCUUAAUUUGCAAUAAACUAUACCUUUCACCUGAGCUAUAAAUAAAUACAUUCGCAAUCCGUUAUUUUAUUGUUUAAACAAGAAUUUUUGAAUUUCAUUAGUCGGCGUUCUGAUCUCACACCAUACGAGACUAUUUUUAGCAGAUCCUUUGUUUUAAAUGCGUUGAAUUCCGGUAUUUGACCUUUUAACAUCACAUCGUUUUGCUGAUAAAAAUAAAAUGUAUUUGUUUUAAACUUUAAAAUAAGAUUUUUUUCCAUAGAUUUUUCAAUUAGGCCUAAAAUAUGAGUUUCUCAACAGUAAUGAAUGGUUUUCUUAGCACAAUAGGGGCCGCAGUUAUAGUUUACGGAGGGUUUUAUGUCCUUUCAGUCACUAUUUUCGAUUGUGAUGUUCUUCUAGGAUUCUUGGAGAAAUUUGGAAAGUCACCACGUAGAUUAAAAGGAAAAGUGGUUUUUAUUACUGGUGCAUCAAGUGGUAUCGGCGAACAUACAGCGUACGCUCUUGCCAAAGUUGGUGCCAAACUGGUGCUAACAGCUAGAAGAAAUUUGGAACUGCAAAGAGUGAAACAACAAUGUAUAGCUGUAUCCAAAGGUCUAUUAGAAGACAAAGAUGUCCUAGUAAUACCAAUGGACGUAUUGGACCUUUCAUCCCAUAAGAUGCAUUUUCAACAUGCUGUGAGGCAUUUUGGACAUGUUGAUAUUUUAAUUAAUAAUGCAGGAAGAUCUCAAAGAGCCUUAUGGGAUAGCACAGAUUUAGCUGUUGACAAACAACUUUUCGAUUUAAACGUUUUUUCCGUUUUAAAUUUGACCAGAACUGCUCUGGAACAUUUCAAUAAAAGACGCCAGGGGCAUGUUGCUGUAGUCUCCAGCUUGGCCGGAGUAAUUGGAGUGCCCUUUUCUGGAACUUAUACUGGAUCGAAACAUGCCAUACAUGGCUAUUUCAAUUCACUAAGAAAUGAAAAACUGACUAGCAAUAUUCAUGUGACCCUUCUUUGUCCCGGACCGACUUUUACCAAUUUUUUGAAUGAAGCUUUUACUGAAAAAGAUGGAGAAAAAUUUCAUGGUUCAACUCAGCCAACAGAUAAAAGAAUGACAUCAGAAAGGUGCGGAUAUCUUAACACUGUGGCUAUUGUUAAUAAAGUUAAUGAAGCUUGGAUAGGAAUUUUUCCUACGAUUCCUAUGACUUAUGUCGCUGUGUAUUUUCCUAUUUUAUACAAUUUAGCUGUAAAAAUAAUUGGACCAAACAAAAUUUUCAAGUUCAGGGACAGUAAGGAGUUUCAGGCUUCAGAGAGCCCUAAUAAAAUAGACUAGAUGGGUGCCUGUGGUGAUAAUGGUAGUAAUAGUUUUCCUUUCUAGUUAACAAGUCUAAUUUUUCUUUACUAACUUCAAUAUUUUGACUGAAUAGGUAUUUUAUUAUAUAGGACUGCUAUUAUUACAUAAAUUUCUAAUAUAGAGUUACUGAACAAUAAUAAAAUAAACAUGUUUAUAAUUUUUUCUCGUUUUAUUUUAUUGUAUCCAAAUGUGGGUACUUGAUAUGUCGUUACUUAAAUAAUUAUAAAACUGAACAACUUCAUUAUUUAGUUAUUAUCCCCGCUAGAAUCGCUAUCUGAAUAAGCGCCUAGCAAUGAUAAACCAUUAUUACUACUUACAGUAUUACUGGUUAAUGUUGCCUUAGGUUCUUCAAAAUUGGUUUUCUUAUCUUCGCUAUUUUUGACUUUAACUAGGCCCACUAAUGGUUUUUUGACCAAAGCAGCUUUUGAUUUAGUUGUGUUUAGUGACCAACUACUUGAAGUUGCAGUUGAUGUUGUUGGUUUGUCACUUCUUAUGACUUUAGAAGUUUCUUCUUCAAUAAUCUCUUCUUCCACUACUAGUUUUCUUUUAUUUGGAUUGCUGAACUUAACUGUCUUAAUAUAAUCUUCAUCUAGUUGCUUCAACCUCUCCUCUCUUUCUUGCUGAGAUAAACGUGGAUCAUAUCCAGACAACAUCGUAUCAUAAUCAAUCACUUGUUGCCUCUUAUUUAAAUCUUUUAAUUCUUCUAAGGAUUCCAAAAGUUCAAUUUCAUUUUUUGAUUGUUUGGUCCUGUUUUCCAAAAGCUUCAUUGGAUUAUUGGCUUCUUCUUCUUUGGCUUCCUCUUCUUCCCUCUGUGCUUGCUCCUCUGCCAAUUUAAGAGCCAUGAAGUUCCUGGUAGCACCAGCCUCGAUCUCAUAGUCCGUAUUUCUCGGGUCAGUUUUGAAUGAUAUUUCUUGCAAACAUCUCGUGCACUUGAUGUAAAAUCUAUAGAUGCGAAUACCCAGAUAAUCUUCGUGCUCAACGUCUUCUUUACGGGCGUUGAAUUUCUUGCCUUUGUAAAUGUAUUCUCCGCAAGUUUCGCAUCUCAUGUUGAAGGGGGCCAUUAGACGAACAGUGUAUUGACGGUUUUUUGGUAAUUUCAUCCGCGGGAUUUUCGACGGAUCGAAAUCCGGCGGAUAGUAUUUGUUUAAAACUUUUCUUUCGGACAUUUUUGCUAAUUAAUAAUUAGUUUAUUGAGUUUUUAAUUUGCGAAAACCAAAAUAAAUAAAAUAAUGUGGAUUGUUUACGUUUCUCAGUGACAUGUGAC